AAUCAAAGCUUUGUUGCUGUCAUUCUGUCGUCUUGUUGAGCCGCGCACUGUCAAUCACACGUAUUGCAUUGUGCGUUUCGCUGACAAGCUGUGGUGUGUGUUGUAUAUCGUUCUAAUGUUAGGUUAUUAUUUAGUGUAAGAGAUAUAGAUUUACCUUUUGAUUCUUUGAUGAAUGGAUUUGAACUCGUUCCUUCGAAUGUGCAGUACAUAUCCCCACCGCAGUAGUGAUUGGUCCAACGCUCCUCCGCUGAUAGACACGCAACUAUAGCGCUAUAUAAACCAUCAGGGACGCGGGAUGGAAAACGCAAAACGUCCGAGGUUCAUCGUUCAAAUGAAAAAUGGGAAGGCUGUAUUGUUACCGAUCAAUCAAGCAUCCUCUACUCCGCCAGUUGAAAUAAACUCCUAUCAUCAUUUACAUCCGGAUGUUUUGGAAGAUUUAUCCUCGUGCUCAGAUAAAACACAAACAUACGAAGAACAUAACGAAAAUUUCAUCCAAACACCGAGCACCUCACGACAACACUUGCAAAAAAACCCACUUCCGAAGCAAAAAUCCUGUUCAACACAAACCAAUAGACAACCUGAAGGAGAUUAUUUAUGGAACGAAAUUAUCAACAAACUGGACUUAAUACAACAGGAGCAAAGACAGCAAGCAGAGAUAUCAAACAAGAGAAUAACAGCUUUGGAAGGACAAAUCAAAUUGAUGCGCUCAGAAUUCAACAUUGUCUCUGACAAAUUGAUUCCUCGUCCAGGGUUUGUGGCUGUGUCGAGUUUUGAGUGGGAACCACUAGCAAACAAAAAUGAUCUGGACACGCUUGAAAAAAGAUUGUCGGAACCUGAGUUUAGAAAGAAUUUCAAUGACUAUUUAGAAACUCGUCUACCAUCAGAUUGUUCAGAAGAAAGGAUGCAUGCGGCUAUGGACAUAAUAUUUACAAAGGAGCUAGUGACUCAAAUCACGUGGACGGGCAUAAGUCGUCCCAUUGAAAAAAUAUGCUUUUUCGAAUACAAAAAUAUAUUAGGCAAUUUAAAGACAUAG